UUUCAAUAAGUCGAACAGCUUUUCACUGACAGCACGUCAUGUCAGUAUCCAAUCUGUCAAAAAUCGAGUCAAUAUUCCGAUUGCAAUGCAAUCAUUGUUAAAUUUCUAAUCAGAUCAUAAUCAGUUUACGCUGUGUUAAGUUGGCCGUGGAAAAUAGUGUAUUGAAUGUAGUAAAAGGGGCGGAUGGGUUUAGCGCAGCCGUAACUAAGGACUGAGCGCGCACCAUGGCUAUGUCCAAAGGAUUUAAAGUGCUGGAAAAGUCGAGCCCACCAAAUCCCUACAGUAUAAUCCUACAACACAGAAACAAAGAUACUGCUUUAUUGUUCGAAUCUCAAGCUGUGGUCUCACUUUCUCCUCAAGAGACUGAUACUUUUCGGAAGCAGUUUCACAAAAUCGCUGAUGCUUACGCCUGCCUAGGCGUUCUGCAGCUAAAUUCCGGGGAAACCUGUCUGCUCUACCUAGUGCUGGUGACCGGGUGCUGCUCCGUGGGAAAGGUGGGCGAUGUCGAAGUUUUCAAAAUUACCCAAACACAAUUCUUGCCUCUCUUUUACCAGAAUAAUGAUGACAAAGUCUCAGAAGUAAAGAAAUUACUCAAUUCGGGAACUUUCUAUUUUUCUUGGAACACGGGAAAAUCAAACGAUAAUCUCUUCGAUCUCACGCUCUGUGCACAACGCAAAAGCAAAGGAGCUAAUCCUGAUAACAGAUUCUUUUGGAACAGAACUCUCUUUAUACAUUUGAUUAGGUAUGGAAUUGAUUGUGAAGAUUGGCUCACAAGAGCUAUGUGUGGGUCGGUGGACAUAAGAACCAUUUAUGUGGGGCACCGUCAAGCCAGAGCGGUGUUAGUGUCCCGUCUGAGCUGUGAAAGAGCUGGUACUCGUUUCAAUGUCAGAGGAUGCAACGAUGAUGGCAAUGUUGCCAAUUUUGUUGAAACUGAACAGUCUAUUUACAUAGAUGAUUCUGUGGCAUCUUACAUUCAGACCAGGGGAUCCGUUCCUCUGUUUUGGGAGCAGCCGGGAGUACAAGUUGGAUCUCAUAAAGUUAAGAUGUCCAGAGGCUAUGAUGCCUCUACCAGUGCUUGCGACCGACACUUCUCUGCAAUGAAGCGCAAUUACGGGUCCGUGAUUGUUGCAAAUCUUUUAGGAUCAAGUUUGAUCGGAGGAAGCGAAGGUGAAGCCACUUUGAGCAAUGCUUUUCAGAAACACCUUAACGAGUCUGCUCAUGCCGAUAUUGUUCAGAUAAUCUUUGAUUACCAUCAGGAAGUCCGAGCCUCAUCAAUUGAAGGAGCUUUAGGGAAAUUCAAAAAGAUAAUAGAGAAAUAUUAUGAUGAAAUGGGGAUUUUCAGUGCCAAAGGGGUUGACAUUUACAAUAUCCAGAAAGGUGUUAUCCGAACAAAUUGCCUUGAUUGCCUGGACAGAACCAAUUCUAUUCAGACAUUUAUUGGGCUAGAAAUGCUCAAUAUACAGCUUAUGCUCCUCCAAUGUGUUGACAAGAAACAGAAUGUGAACAGAUUUGAGGAAGUUUUUAAACAGAUGUGGGUGAACAAUGGCAAUGAAAUAUCGAAAAUUUAUGCAGGCACUGGAGCCAUCCAAGGUGGCUCCAAAUUGAUAGACGGAGCUCGCUCUGCCGCCCGCACCAUACAGAACAACUUGUUAGACAAUUCCAAGCAAGAAGCUAUUGAUAUUUUGCUUCUAGGCUCUACUUUAAACUCUGAACUUGCUGAUCGUACUAGGAUCCUCUUACCAGCUAAUCUACUGCACGCAUCCCCUCCGGUGCUGAGAGAAAUGUGCCGCAGAGUUAACGAGUACACAACACCAUCCUCUAUAAGGAUUACAAUCGGCACAUACAAUGUGAAUGGUGGUAAACACUUUAGAAGUCUCGCCUAUAAAGACGUGAGCUUGGCCGACUGGUUGCUAGAUUGCCCGAACAACUCAUUAGUGAACACUGUUCAAGGUAAAGAUCAUCCUUCUGAUAUAUUUGCGAUUGGCUUUGAAGAAAUCGUCGACCUUAACGCCAGCAACAUUAUGGCCGCCAGUUCUGAUAAUGCAAAGGCAUGGAGUGAGGAGCUAGAAAAAGUUUUAUGCAGAGAUGCACCAUACACUCUUCUCUCCUCUCAUCAAUUAGUAGGCGUGUGUUUAUUUGUAUUUGCUAGAAAAGAUUUAAUUCCUCACAUCCGAGAUGUGGCGCUCGAUUCUGUCAAAACUGGCCUCGGGGGCGCCACUGGUAACAAAGGCGCAGUUGCUAUCAGACUAGUCAUUUACGGAACCUCUCUCUGUUUCGUUUGCGCCCAUUUCGCUGCCGGCCAGUCUCAAGUAACCGAAAGAAACGCCGACUACACAGAAAUCACGAGGAAAGUAGUUUUCCCAAUGGGACGAUCCCUAUACUCGCACGACUACGUGUUCUGGUGCGGCGAUUUCAAUUACCGCAUUGAUCUGGACAAAGAUGAAGUGCGAUUGCUCGUGUCACAGAAUAAUAUGCAGCGGCUUUUAGAGCAAGACCAGCUAACGAGACAGAAAGCUCAAGAUCUCGUGUUUAAAAACUGCAUUGAAGGUGAUAUUACCUUCCCUCCGACAUACAAAUAUGAUCUCUUCAGCGAUGAUUACGACACUAGUGAAAAAUGCCGCGCCCCAGCCUGGACGGACCGCGUUUUGUGGCGAAGCCGGAAACACACUGUCGACCCGGAAGGGACUUCCGAGUUAGCCGCCGGGAAGUUACUCCACUACGGCCGAGCGGAACUGAAACAGAGCGAUCAUCGACCUGUGAUAGCGAUUCUUGAAGUUGAAGUCCUUCAGGUCAGCUACACGAAAUGCAUGGAAGUGUUUUACGAAGUGGUCAAUGAUCAGGGACCUCCGGACGCGACGAUCGUCGUGCAACCUUGCGAUGCCAACAGUGAAUCUGUAUUUGACGAUAAUUUGGUAGCUGCGGUUUUGCAAGAGCUCGCCACUAUAGGCGAGGUGACCCUUGUGAGGAUCGUUGAGGAUCAUUCGACUUCGUUGAUUAUUACGUUCCGAGAUGGACAGAACGCUCUCGCUGCCGCGCAGAAGGAACAUCUGACCGUUUGCUCGGUUCCUUUGCGCAUCACUUUGAAGUCUCCGAAUUGGGUGGAGGUCGUCAGGUCCGAGUUGAAUCUGUGUACGAAUAAUACGAUUCCGCUGUUCGGUGAGGCUCAAGCGGAGCGGCCGUUGAGGUCGGCGCCGCCGACGCCGCGCCGGCAGCAGCCGGGCAGGCCGCCGGCGCCGUCGCCGACGCCGCUGGUGCCGUCGCGCGCGCCCGCCGCUGCGGCGAGUCCCGCUCGUCCGCCGCCUCCGCGGCCCGCGCCGAUGGCGCCUGCGGCUGACAAUGGUAAGCCCUCACCACCGCCGUUGGCCUCGCCGCCUCCGGUCUCUUCACCGCCACCGAUCUCCUCGCCCCCGGCGGACAGCGGGCCGCCGCCGUCGUGCACGCCGCCUCCGCCUCCGCCGGCAGCCGGCCCGCCCCCUCCGGUGCCGGCGCGACAGGGCGCUCCGCCACCCCUACCCGCUCGCCCGCGACCGGCUUCGUAAAUUCCACUUACACAUUUCUAGAAUUUGUAAUAACUCGAACAAAUCAUGAACGGGUAAGUGUUCCAUAGCUCCAUACGUUCCUUUUUACUUAUUUGUUAUGGAAGUUAUUUAUUGCAUUAUAUUACGUAGUAGGUGUUCACUUUGUUAAAAAAUAUAUCAGC